UCAUCGGGCUAUUGAUUACUACAUCCAGCCCGUCAAGCCGACGACACUUUUUUAACGGACUAGCGCGCUUACCUUAUAGUAAGGUUAUGAGCUGUACCAUUUUAGUUAUUUCAGUCUAGUUUGUUCACGCCGCUGGCGCAACUAUGUUUCUCCGAAGCAGGGGCUACCUGCGUAUUGCGUUAGCAUUGCUAGCUCUGUUGGUUCUGGGAUGUGUCACCAACGCAGAGCACGAGAAAGGAGGACAUCAUAAAAAAGCUGAAAAUGAAAAGAAACACCAGUCAAAGGGAGCUGAGCAUUCUAAAGCAGGUCAUUUGCACAAGAAAGCAGAGAUUGAUUUCUCUAACAGCGAGUUUGCCGAUUCGGACAUUUCAGACGAUGUCCAGGAUGAAGACCAAGCAGAACAAGUUGUCGAUAAAGAGCAAGCUGAUUACGAUGACGAUGAAGUCGAAAACAGCGAGUUCAACGAUAACGACGACAACGAAAUCACUGACCUCUCGGAUGGAGAAAGCUCGGAAUCUGAUGUUGAGGAAAUGAGCUUCGAGAACGAGAGUGAUGAGUCAUAUGAUGAUUAUGAUGAUGACGAAGAUUCUGCUGCGGAUGAUGAUGACGACGACAGCGAUGCCAACUUCACUGAAAGUGAUGACGAGCAAGUCAUGAGUGACAUCAGCAAUAUCAAUGAUUACAGCGAUGAGGAUGCUGAAGAUGAUGAAGAUGCCUCCUCUGAAGAACUUGAAGACAACAGCUCUGCUUCAGAAGACACUGGCGUUGAUGAUGCUGUGGAGGAAGCCGAAUCAGAAGUCGACGGCUCUGACAGUGCAAGCGAAGAUGACGCAGAUGUUACCGACGCCGAAGCAGAUGAAGAUGCAAAUAGCGAGGAUGGUGUUUUAGCUGACGAGCCCUCAGUGGAAGAUGCUGCGGCUGAAGAUGCUGGAAAAGAAGAUACAAUGGCUGAAGAUGAUACUGGGGCAGAGGAUGCUGGGGCCGACAUGCAAGCUGCGACUAGAAGUAAAGGUGUAUCUUCACCAGCAGCAAACGCACCCGCAAAUGCCGCACAGCAGGUUGAUGACACAUUAGCCUUGACUGGUAAAAGAAGAGAUGAAGUAUCUGCGGACGCGGGCGAUGUCCAGACAACACCGCAAACAAUGCUAGAAGGCGGCACGGCAGAUGAGCAAGCCGAGGAAAAUAAAGACGCUGCUGCUAGUGAUAACGAAAGCUCUGAUGCAAAAGAGACUAAACAGCAGGAUAACAGUGCUCCCAUGGAAGAGUCGACUGGCGAUGAUACCGCUAAAGCUUCAACACAGCAAGAUUCAAGUGCAACAAAAGCUGAUGAAGCAUCGACUCCUGUUGAUGCAGCCGCAAUGCCAGAUGAUGCAAAAUACGCCGAAUCGAAGACAACAACACCCUCAGAUGAACUCACGGAAGACGAAUCUCAACUUGAAACAACUGAUGAUGAUGAUGGUGGAGACCUCGAAGAAGAUGAUUCUGCGGGUGAAGAUGCCACACAACCAGACGAUACGGCUGACGCUGAAGGCGGGGCUGUUGCGGACAAGGAAGAAGGUUCCGAUUCCAAUGCAGAUGCCGAAGUAGUUGAUGGAGACAGCAACAGUGCAGGAGCUGAGAAUGCGAUGGAUGUCGACGCUGAAGUAGAUGCUGAUGGUCAAGAAGACGAUGAAGUCGGUUCAGAUUACCUUGCAUAUGAUGAAAGCAGUGACGAUGAAAGCAGUGACGACGAAAGCAGUGACGACGAAAGCAGCGAAGACGAAAGCAGCGAUGACGAAAGCAUUGAUGAUGCUGGGCUCGAAAAUGAUGACGGAUCCGAUUCAGAAGAAGAUGCAGAAGCUGUUGACGAUGCCAAUGCUAGCAGUGAGGUAGACGGCAUCGAUGGUGAAGAUGCUGACAGCACCAUGGAUGUGAACGACGGAGUUGAAGAUGCUGGAAAUGCUGAAUUAGAAGGUGCUCCAGCAGAAGGUGCAGGAGACAGCGAAGAUGUCACGAAUACAGCUGCAGAAGAUGCAGGUUCUAACGGCUCUGAUACUGAUGUUUCAGCUGAGGCAAGAAGUGGAGAUAGCCUUGCAGACAACACACAAGAGGUGGAAAUUGCAAAUCCCGAAGAAUACUUUGAUAAUGAAGAUGAUGAUGGCGAAGAUGAAGAAGUUCCAAUGGCUGAAUGCGAACCACAAGAGGCGGAAGUACGGACAUUCCGAGGGAUGAUUUCUGGUACUGCACGUGGCUUGUUUUCUGGAUUGAGAAAAGCGGGAGCAAAAGCUUCGAGGUUUGUCAAAGGAUUGUUUGGAAGGAAAAAAAAGAGGUUAACCAGAAGGCCUCCAAUGAAAUUGCGUGCUCCUAUGAAGAAUAAGCUGCUUUUGACUGGAAAAAGGCCACCAAUGUUUAUGCCAGCACAGAUUUCUAGCUGGAAUACCAAACUUCUUUCUUGGAAUUGGAGACAGUUUGUUCAGUUAAAAGGUGCCAGCACUCCAGCCCAUGCCGCAUUUCUUGUUGAUGCAUCCAUUCGCAAACAUAUGCCUAUUAUGCAAAGACUGUCUUUCAACCUGGCCAAAGUUCUUCCAAUCAAGUCGUCUUUUUUCACUAUUGCUUCAUUUGGAAAAGGUUAUAACCAGGUUAGCUCUUUUCAAAGAUUUGCAACAGAACAGCAACUCCAGGCUGCCAUGGCCCGGUUGAGGGGAGACAAUACGCGAAGCAGACGCACAGGCGAGGCAAUGGAACAAGCUGCCAGAAUGUUUGCAGCAAGCAAAGCUAAAACACCAGGGCAAAAGCAAGUCUUGUUCAUAUUUACUCGCGGUCGUUCAUACGGUUGCAUAUACAAGUUGCAGUCUGCGGCAAAAACUCUCAAGCGACUUGGCGUGAAGGUAUACGUGAUUGGCUUUGGAACUCGUCUUAUUCUUGAAGAGUUGACAAUGAUGACAAAGCCGGGAAUGAUUUUCAGAGCAACGACCUACGCUCACCUGGUGUCACCACUGGGAGUCAGGCCACCAAUAUUGCUGAGGCUGGCUAACCGCCUUGUCAGAUGGCUUGACGGAUAUGGUGGAGUUUGGUACCACUCGAUGUGGAACUGGUACAAAUACGUCAAAGGUCUAAAAUACGGAACCUGUGGUAAGGCAAAUGUUGGCUUCUUGCUUGAUACUUCAAAUCCGCCUUCCCGUAAGUUCAUACAAAAACUGGUGUUCAACUACAUUCGGCUGUUCCAGCUUCAAGGCACUAGCGUCACAAUUUAUGCAUAUGGCCCAACGCAGUCCCGUGUCUGUGACUGGAGGUCCUUUGAUAGCCCGGCUGCAAUACAGGGAGUCAUCAACUCAAUACCUGUCAUUAGAGGUGGAUACAGAAAAACUGGACUUGCCAUGGCAGAGAUGUUCAAGCAGUUUGAAACCCAGAGACGACGCAACUCCCUCCCAAAUAUUCUCUUUGUGCUUACCACAGGAGCAACAAGUGACGGGGAAGUUAUGCAGGCAAUUGGUGACAAGUUCAGAGGAAAGAAAAUCAAGGUUUUGGCGUAUGGCAUCAAUCCAAAAGCCAAUAAAUACAUUGACGAGUUGAAGAAAAUCGCCACAACCCCCAAUUUGGUUGUUUAUGGACAGAAAAGAUCGUUUGUCACCCCUGAUAGAUUCAAAGCCAUUCAGGAAAUUAUCAAACAAGAUACUGGUGAAGGAUCUGCGAUUACAAUUAACGUUGGAAACAAGGAAACCCUUUCAGUGCUGAAGACUUGGGAUUGGCCAAAAAGAUACAAGGGAAUUAAAUACGGAGUUGUCAACGGGGCAAACGUCGCCAUCCUUGUUGAAGGUUUCUUCCCCAAGAAUCUCGGAUACAUUCGAAGGUUCAUCUAUAAUCUUGUUCGUGUCUUCUCACUCUCUGGUACAUACAUCACUCUGAUGGAUUUCGGUGAUGCACAGUACCGUGUUGCUCAGUGGGUGCAAUUGAAAAAUGGCGCUGAAGUCCGACAGUUAGUGAGGAAGCUUCCAAAGUCCAACAGACCAGCACGUAAAACUGGACUGGCGCUUCAAGCAGCCUUAAAUGCCUUCUCUACGGCGCCUCCAGGCAACCAGAACAUUCUUAUUUUGAUAACCAAAGGAAAAUCUUCGGAUGACGUAGUUAUGCCUGCUGCCAAUCUGCGAAAACGAGGAAUCAAGACGUUUGCUGUUGGUUUAACUGGCUUCAACCCUCGCGUAAAUCUUGGUGACAAAGGAUUCAAACAGAGAGAAAUUUCUCUCAUUCCAUUCUCUUCUAGCGAGAUAUUUGCAUCAAAGAUUGACGGAUUACUGAAAACAACCACGAGUAUCGUGGACAGUUUACAAAAAAUUGUUGGAAAAACUUCACCUAACUCUGGAUCAAGUGGAAGAGUUGAGGUAUCACCAACCGAUAUCACAUACAACUGGCAUUGGAAAACGCCAAAGAACAAGCUUAUUUCAUAUGGUCUUGAUACUGUCAACAUUGCCGUUGUCAUAGAUGGAAGUAACAGAAAAUAUUUCAACAUUAUUCAAAGACUCGUUUACAAUGUUGUCCGUCUGUUUGGAUCCGAGUCUAACGUUGCAUUUAUUCUUUUUGGCGGAACUGUCGACAUGCGCUUUGCAACUUGGAAAAACUACAGAGGUUUAGGCCCACUCAUGACAGCCUGUUCCUCUUUAUCGUACCGAGGAGCUCCAGGCAGGAAGGUUGGACCGGCUUUGACUGCCGCUACCAGGCUGUUUGCCACCGCACCUGUCAAAGCAGGAAAGAAGGUAACAGUGGUUUUCUUAACAGACCGUCCACAAGAUACCCCGGCUGAAAUAACUGGUCCAGCUUCUGGACUCAAGAAAACCGGUGUCAAUAUCCAGAGCAUCGGUAUAUUCCCGGCCGUUAAAGUAACCGACUUAAAGCCUUUCUCUGAGACGGUGUAUGUCGAAAAAUGGCAAAAUCUACCAAAAGCCAUUGGAAAACUGCGUAUAACUUUGACGAAAGGUAUUAAAGUUACACCAGCAAAAGACACUGGUACUCAACCCAAACCACCACCAACCCCAGUGAUUGAUCCACCAAUGCCCCCUCCUACAGAUCCUUCCAUUGGUCCACAAGGAAGCAAGGACAUUGAAAAGAUCAGAUCUAUCUGGGACUGGGAUAAAAUAACGAAAGGAAUAACAUAUCAAAGUUUGAAGCCGGCUGAAUUGAUUUUUGUAGUCGACACAACAGACGAUACGAACUUUGACAUAACCAGGAAAUUCCUUUACAAUAUAGUUCGUUUGUUCAAGAUCGGCGCAGUUAGGGUAAGUCUUGUCACUUUCGGUAGAAGGCCACGCUUGAAAUUCCAAUCAAGACCACUACCAAAGAUUCGACAGAUCCAGAAUAUCUUGAGAAAUCUCAAGCCAGAAAAAGACAAGAAGAGCAACGUUGGUUUCGCUCUAAACUUUGUUCGAACGGUUGUCCUCCGAAGGAUUAGACCUACGAUUCCAAGAGUGGUUGUUGUUGUUACACAAGGAAGCUCUGAUGACAAUGUCCUCUCGCCGUCAAGGAAGUUGAAAGGAAGUGGAGUUUUUGUUGUUUCUGUUGGAAUCGGGGACACUCCAAGAGAAGAUAUUAAAACCAUUGCAUCAACCGGGGACUCUGCUAUGCAGUCACCAUUUUCCAAGCUACCAGCAAUCGUCUUAAGAAUCCAGUAUGUCAUCACUAUCCCUGUCAAUGGACCCCCUCCCGAUAAAGAAGUCAAUCCCGAGAACAGUGGGGUUGGAGGCAAAGACGUGAAAGACCAAACUUCGAAAACAAGCAUCCCGAAUGAGAAUUCUGGUAAACCCGACUCAGGUAAACCCGGAGGACCAGCCACCCCUGAUUCUGGAGAAGGUGGAAAGGGCGGCGCAACCGGAGACAAACCAGACGGCAGUGGAGGAACCGACACUGGAGCUGGUGGAGGAGCCGCCGGAACAAACAUCAAACCGGUAGGACCUACAAAGCCGGUCGUGAAGCCAAAACCGCCAAAGAAACCUUCAGGUGGAGAUGGCGGACCUGGUACACCAGGCGGAAAGGAAGAGGAGAAACCGAAUGUUGUAGGCCCGGAAAGCACCAAACCCGUUACUCCUGGAGAACCCAGCACCCCAAGUAAGCCUGGUGGCGGUGGUGGUGGCGGUGGCGGUGGAAAAACCCCUGAAAAGACACCUGGUGGUGGAAGUGAGCCUGAGGUCGAGCCAGAAAACAACAAGCCUCCAGAGAAGGUGAAACCUGGUGAAAAAGAGCCUGGUAUUGGAGAAAAGGAGAAAGAGAAGGGUGGUGACAAAAUCAGCUCUAACACCGGUACCAAUCCAGCAGGUGGACUAAUCAAUCCGGAUACAGAGAAUAAUGGGGAAAAUGGAGGUCGUGUUAUUCCAAUAGUGAUUGGAGGAGACGAUGACAAAGACGAUCCAAUAACUGGCGGAAUCCAAAUCAUCAAAAUUCCAGUGGAGCUAAUUGCCAAACUUCCUACCCAAUGGAACUGGGAGAAGGCAAUCAACAACUUUGCCUACAACAGUAUUGCUCCUUCUAGAGUCGCCUUCAUUGUCGAUGGAAAUGUACCGAACAAUUUCGAGUUGAUUAAACAUUACAUUUUCAAUGUAGCUAGAAUGUUUAACGACCGAGGAACGAGUUACACCAUUGUUCAAUUUGGAAAGACACCAGCCCAAAUCAUUUUGCAAGACAAGAAGAUUAUCUGUCCCGUGGAACUGCGCCUUGCUAUCCAAAAGAUGGCCCCAAGUCCAGGAGGGCCGAAUAUUGGACCAGCGUUGACUUUUGUUCAAAAACUGUUUGGUACCAAGCGCAGAGGCCGUUCAGCGCUUUUCAUGAUUAACCAGUCACCACUUACCGGUAACGUCAAUGGCUUGUUUGGCAUUAUCAGGAACCUUAAAGUAUCGGGUGUCAAAGUGUUUUCAGUCGGUAUUGGCGGCAACAUCAACAUGGGACAAGUUCAAGGCCUGGCUGGCAAUGAUGUUCACUCUUUUGCUAUGUGCUCUCCUUCGCGAGUUCCAGGCACACUUAUGGGCAUACAGUACUGGCUGCUUAGAAAUAUUGGACCUGGCAAUAAAGUUGGUAGAUACUUGCUAAAACAAGGAAAUGUUGCACAGAAAGGAAAACCAAGGCCAAGGCCAUCUCCGGGAAAAGGCACUGUUUUGAAAGUGCAGGUUGUGGCUAGUGGUUGCAACGAUCCUCCAGCCAAAGGGAAGGACUGUGCUCGGUCCCCUGGAUCAAUAAGAGUCAAUGGCAUUGAGAGAAGUGUGAACAGAAGAGGUUUGAACAUUGUUGUUUACAACCUGGCUAAUGGCUUGUUUGAGAAAACGGUCAAUUUCGAUACACACAGUAAUCGAGUGGCAGUUAAGCAAAUGGUGACUUUCAUUGACCAAAUCAAGACAAACAGAUUAGUCAUGGUUGCCUCGAAAGAUGCAUGGACUAUGAGCAUGAAUUCACGAGCGUAUUCAGCUCUGAAUAGCAUUGGUGCAGAGGAACCCUUCAUGAAAGCCUUAAGGUCAUCGUUUGCUCUGGUUGGUUUUAAAGGAAAAACCAAAGUUUCUUGGACUGCACAACAGACCCAAAAACCUGGCAAAGGUCCAUCAACAGUCGAUGCUCAGAUCAUGAUACGAAAAGUUAGAGACACACCAUUAAAGCCUGCAAAUGAAUUCGCUGUUACCGCCUGUGAGAGCAAAAUGUUGGCGGUACGUUGUCCAGUUGGAUUGCGCAUCGGAGUAACCUACGCAAUGUACGGCCGACAAAACAGAGACACGUGCAAAUCGAGUCGUUACAUGAAAAGCAUCACAUGCAAAUCUGCCAAAUCAAUGAAUGUCGUCAAGCGCAAGUGCGAGGGCAGGAGGACGUGUAUGAUCCCUGCGAGUGCCCGUAUCUUUGGCGACCCUUGUAGAGGAACAUACAAGUAUUUGGAAGUUAAAUACGUCUGUCGUGGCACAAAACCACCGCCAAUGCCCGGCAAGCCACCAUUGAAAAUUGACAUUAAUGCCAUGGGAUGCAAUGACCCUCCGGCAAAAGGAAGAUGCGGUGAUGCAGUUGGUUCCAUCAAAGUCAAUGGCAAAGAGCUCAGUGCCAACAAGCGAGGUAUAAACGUUGUCGUCAUCAGGUAUCCCAGUGGAAAGGUCAUCCGAAGAAAGAAGAAUUUUGACACAUUUGGAGACCCAGGUGCAUCGGGGCGCCUUGCCAAUUUAAUCAGGCGUUUGCCUAGCAAUUCAAUCAUCGCAAUAGCAACAAUGGAUUCAUACGACUCAAAGUUGAACAAUGACGCCAUUUCAGUACUGAAAAGUAUAGGAGCAAAAGGCAACUUGAAAAUGGGCUUAAGAGGCUCCUUGGCAAUGAUUGGUUUUAAAGGCGCUGGUACUUUCACGUGGAAAAAACAAAUUGCAAGGAGAAUAGGAAAGGGGCCAUCAGUUAUCUCCGAAUCGAUCUCUUUGCCGUUUAAAGUUGUUAUGCCUCGUAUUAUCGGAAUGGCGAACCCCUUCGCCAAGCCAAAGCCGAUGAGACCCCCGAUGAUGAAACCACCCCCAAUGAUGAAGCCACCGCUGCCACCCAAACUACUUAAACUGCCUGCAUUCAAGCCACUUAAGGCGAGACCAUUCCUUGGACUGAGUGGAAAUGUUGCCAAAGGAAGACCAACCAAGCAAUCGUCUACUUUACUCGGAGGACUGUCCUCGAGGGCCGUGGAUGGAAAUGCCAAUAGUGGCUGGGCUGCAAAAACCUUCUCUUUGACCAAAUUCCAAGUGAGCCCAUGGUGGAGGGUGAACAUAGGCAAUCCAAGGGCUACUGUAAGAGUUGUCAAACUGACUACCAUGCGAAAAUGCAAAAAACUAAACCCUAAAACACCAUGUCCUUCAAUCAUGCGGUCAGUUGAGAUUCGUGUUGGCAAUGUCGACAAUAACCCGCUUGCAAAUGCUCUAUGUGCAAGCAGCAGAGCUCUCCCCUUUGGACGUACUGUCACCUUAAGAUGCAAAGUACCAGCGAAGGGUCGAUUUGUAUACGUUGUUUUGAAGGGAAAACAAAAGGUGGCCCUGACGCUUGCCGAAUUCCAAGUCUUUACUCAAAUAUCGAAAACAGCAGCCGCGCGACCAUCACAAUCUAGAGUUUUGCCUGCGCGUUGGACAAUUGGGGAUGGUAGUGGUGGAAGUGAGGAGAAGAUCGGUACCUUCGCAAACAAGGAAAUCUGCUAUGCAAAAUGUAGCGUGAGAAAGAAAAACGGUAUACUGGCUAAUGGAGCAACUGUUGAUAGCAAGACACAAAAGGUCUGUUAUUGUGAAUACGGCAUGAAAACGAGGAACAAGAACAAGUCAUGGUUGAACACAUAUAUCAAACGAGUUCCAGCUAAGUCAAAGGCUUCUCCAGGAAAACGUAUGCGGGUGCUUGAACCGAUAUUCCUGGAAGAAGAUGAAGAUGAUAGCGACGAGUACGAUGAUGCUGAACUGAAGAGCCCUUCCUGUGCCGUAGUUGAUUAGGCUCUUGUGAGGCCUAAAGAGACAGGUUUCGUUGUUACAUGGCACGCAUCGAUCCACUUUGAUGCUGAGUUGCAGAAGAAGCAUUAUCUUAAAAAGUAAAUGCAGUCUUAUUUUGUUAAAAGCAGUUGAAAAAAGUGACUCUUACGAAUAAAUCAAUGAAGGACGUUGAUAAGUGACUCUUUGUUGCCACAACGUAUUUCCAGUUGAAAUUAAACAGAAUUGAUACGCUAUGCGUUACGUUAUGUAUUUAUCAAGCUCUGCUCGAUAUAGGGCCUUUUGAAGAAGAUUAUAGUUAACAGACAUAUAAUGUCAUAAAGAUUUGGUAGAAAAUGAUUGUAUUUUCUUUGUUGAUUAUUCAUUUAUCAUGAUCUUUCA